AUGACAAAAAAUGAAAAUAUAACAAGAAUAUUUAUUGAACAACCUUCAUACGAUGCAUAUGAUGAUAAUAAAGAUAUUAUAUGGCCAACAGUUGUUGGUAUUUUUGUUGCAUUAGCAUUAGGUUGGAUGAUAUGUCGUUAUAAAUGUUCAUCGAAAGAAAGAUCUCCACAUAUUGUUCGAUGUUGUCCAAAAACAUUAUGUAAAAAUAUAAGAUUAUGUUGUAUGUGUAUAUUUAGGAUAAAACAAAAACAAAAACCAACUUCAGAUUUUGGAAUAUCAACAAUUAAUAAACCGAGAGCAUCAUCUGGUAGUAGUUUACAGGAAACUCCAUUUCUUGGUUAUAAUACUUCAAUAAAUCGAUUAUCUUUAGCACGAGUAUCUCAACAAUGGCCUCCACCUUUUAUACUUAAUCAAUCUCCUUCUUUCCCAUUAACAAUAGCAGUUUCAUCAACAAUUCCACCAACAUCCGAACCAAAAAGACAUCCAUUACGACGUGAAUCAACUCUACCGGAAAAUUCUAAUGGAAGACGAGAAUCAUCAUUAUGGCCAUUUCGUACAAUUAAUGCAGUAUUUCAUAAACAAACUAGUGAAAUUAAAGAAAAUGAUCUUUUUUUCAGUGCAUAA